CACGUGUCCAGGUUGUUGUCAAAUGCCUCCACGUCAUUAUCCCGACAAAAGGACCUGGAUGAUGACAGCUGCUCCAUUCAAAUGCCAUUAGACCACAAGAUUAUAUAUAUUUACAUUUGUGUCCAUCUAUAUUAAACGAUUUUCAUGAAUCGUUUUAACUAACAGUGUUUCUAAAACCGUCCUUCUGCACUCGACGUCUCUUCCAGCAGCUUGGAUGUCCUGUCACCGUCGUAGCUGCUCUACCGUCAGCAGACAGGCAGCCUCUUAGUACCGCAUAGUCCAGUUUCUCCCUUAGGUGUUUCUCAAGUCAGCCCGAUGGACAAUACAGAUGAACUCAAAUUCCAAGAUUUUGAAGAGGUAUCCAACCUGCUGUCCUUCGACCCAAAUGCCCCCACGGUGGCGGUCUCUGACUCCCUGGCCUCCCUUUCAGGGGAGGAGGAUGUCAAACUGGACUUAAACGAGGAUGAGGAGGGUCUUGAGAAUUCAAAGCUCUUAGGAGAGAACCCAACUGGAGGCUUCUGGACCUUUGACUACUACCAAUCCUUCUUCAAUGUGGAAACAGCACAGGUUAUGGACAGAUUGAAAGGCUCCGUUAUGCCAAUACCAGGAAGGAACUUCGUCAAAUACUACCUAAGGAACAAACCAGAUCUAUAUGGUCCAUUCUGGAUCUGUGUGACACUGGUCUUCUCAGUUGCUAUCAGUGGCAACCUCUCUACAUUCCUCAGCCAAUUUGGAGACCAGACAUAUCACUACAGACCUCAAUUCCACAGAGUAACCAUAGCAGCGAUAGUCAUCUUCAUGUACGCCUCGUUGGUGCCCCUGUGCGCUUGGGGGUUCCUGACGUGGCGGAGAGGCCCUGAGGGCCACAUGGGGUGCUACACCUUCCUGGAGACCGUGUGUGUUUAUGGCUACUCCCUGUUCAUCUUCAUCCCUACCUCUCUCCUCUGGAUCAUCCCCCUGGAGUGGUUGCGCUGGCUCUUGAUCCUGGUGUCCACCGUGGUCUCAGGCUCCGUGUUGGUCUUCACCUUCUUGCCCGUCGUGCGUGACCACACCAAGGUGACGGCCGCCACCACUCUGCUGACCAUCUUGGUUCUGCACUCGCUGCUGGCAAUCGGCUGCAAAAUGUACUUCUUUCAUACAGCAGUUCACAUGGCAACACCAGCGACCACAACGCUGCCUAUGAUGACAACCCAAGUGACCCAGGCACACUGAGUGGGCCUCUCUAGUUCUUCCUGCUAUGUGAUCAGCUACUGGUGAUAAACUGUGACUUUGACUCAUCA